AUGUGCGGCAUCCUCGCUUUAAUCCUCGCCAAUACUUCCUCUACUGCCGCUGCCAUCGACCUACAUGAAGCCCUCUACCUCCUCCAGCACCGCGGCCAGGAUGCCUGUGGAAUCGCGACGUGUGCGACCGGCGGAAGAAUAUACCAAUGCAAGGGCAAUGGCAUGGCAGCAAAAGUUUUCCAUGAUGGCUCAAGAAUAGUGGAUCUUCCUGGAUUUAUGGGCUUGGGCCAUCUGAGAUACCCCACGGCAGGAAGCAGUGCCAACGCCGAGGCUCAACCGUUUUAUGUGAACAGUCCGUACGGCAUCUGUCUGGCGCACAACGGCAAUCUGAUCAAUGCUCCUGAGUUGAAACAGCACCUGGAUUUGGCGGCUCACAGACACAUCAACACUGAUAGCGACAGCGAGCUGAUGCUCAAUGUCUUUGCCGAUGAGCUCAACGUGACUGGAAAAGCGCGUGUCAACGAGGAUGAUGUGUUCGCAGCGCUCGGGAGAAUGUAUGAGCGAUGUAAGGGUGGAUGGGCGUGCACAGCGAUGAUUGCAGGAUAUGGGCUCAUUGGCUUCCGAGAUGCUUUUGGCAUCCGACCUCUCGUCCUGGGAUCCCGGCAAUCCGCCGAUGGCCCCGGCAAAGAUUACAUGAUGGCCUCAGAAUCCGUUGCUCUGGCCCAACUGGGAUUUGAUGUUAUACGGGACAUUCUGCCCGGAGAGGCUGUUAUUAUUCAAAAAGGCCACGAGCCACAUUUCCGGCAAGUCCAGCAACGGAAAGAAUACGCGCCGGAUAUCUUUGAGUAUGUCUACUUUGCCCGUCCCGAUUCAGUCAUGGAUGGGAUCAGUGUGCAUCGGAGCCGACAACAUAUGGGCCUGCGACUUGCAGCACACAUCAAAAAGGUGCUCAGCCCUCAAGAGCUGGAAGAUAUCGAUGUGGUUAUUCCUAUUCCCGAGACGUCGGUCACUUCAGCAUCGGUCGUGGCUAAAGCCCUGGACAAGGAAUACUGCCAAGGUUUUGUCAAGAAUCGCUACGUGUUCCGAACCUUUAUCAUGCCGGAGCAGAAGGCCCGGCAAAAGGGGGUGAGGCGGAAACUGAAUGCCAUGGCCAUGGAAUUCAAAGAUCGCAAUGUUCUUUUGGUGGACGACAGCAUUGUACGAGGCACUACCAGUCGGGAGAUCGUGACGAUGGCUCGAGAAGCGGGCGCAAAGAAGGUCCAUUUCGCGAGCUGCGCCCCUCCGAUCACUCACGCACACAUCUACGGGAUCGACCUGGCCUCGCCGUAUGAAUUAGUUGCGCACAACUAUCACGGCCCUGAUGCAAUUGCAAAACACAUUGGUGCUGACAGUGUAGUCUACCAGACUUUGGAAGAUUUGAAAGCGGCGUGUGUUGACGCAGCUCGAGAAGCCAAAGCGCAAGACGCCCCGAGCAAUUUCGAGGUCGGCGUAUUCUGUGGUAAAUAUAUCACACCUGUCGACGACGAUUACUUUGAGCACUUGGAGCGAAUUAGAGGGCAGACCAGAAAACUGAAAGUCAUUGACGAGGCUCGGCGGGCGGUUGCCCAAGGCGUCGCGGGCGAACACCAAAUCCAGCUGGCCACGAAUGGAGCAGUGGUCACGGAGAAUGGCAAGGUGGUGCCUGCAGUCAACGGCAACUCACCCCAACAGUCCAUCCAGACUGAUAUUCCUGGCUCACAUCGCGGUUCUGCCGUGUCGUUGGUUUACGAGGACGAGAGCCCGAGUGUGCGGGACCGCAUGGACAUUUCUCUACAUAACCUGGGAGAUUUCCCCAGAAAUGAGUGA